AAUUGCAACAUCAUCAUGCCCGACGUCGAGAAAGAUAGCAUGUCCUCGCACGAUGCUCCGAAGGAGGAUACGAGCCCUCCCAAGCCUCCAAGCUUCCCCGAAGGAGGUCUGAAGGCAUGGCUAGCUGUUCUGUCCUGCUGGUGUGUCAUGUUCAACACAUUCGGCUACAUCAAUGCCUUUGGGAUCUACGAAGCCUACUACAAGAGCACGUUCCUCAAGGACGAAAGCGCGUCCAAUAUCGCCUGGAUUGGCUCUCUGCAAGCCUUCUUCAUGUUCUCCGCCGGCCUCAUCUCCGGCCCGCUGAUGGACCGCUAUGGCCCAAGGAUCAUCCUAAUCCCAUGCUCCCUCCUAUUCAUCCUCUCCGUCAUGCUCAACAGCCUCUGCAAAGAAUAUUACCAAUUCAUCCUGGCACAAGGCAUCCUCGGUGGCCUCGCGAACGGGCUCACCUACACGCCCACGCUCACAGCAGUGAACCAGUACUUCUUCCGGCGGCGCCCGCUCGCAAUGGGGAUCGCAUCAUCAGGCUCGUCCUUCGCAGGCAUCAUCCUCCCGAUCGCACUCAACCGCAUGCUCAACGCCUCAACGCUAGGCUUCGGCUGGACGGUCCGCAUCAUCGGCUUCAUCAUGCUCAGCCUCAGCCUGAUUGCCUGCCUAUGCAUCUCCUCCCCUGCACCGCGCCGCCAAACCGGCGCUCCCCUCCUCCUCGAAGCCUGGCAUCACCCAGCCUACACGCUGCAAGUAGCCGGCCUCUUCCUCGUAAUCUGGGCCCUCUUCACUCCCUUCUUCUACGUACCCGCCUACGCACAAUCCGUGAUCGGUCUCGACGUCGACUUCUCAAACUACCUCGUGGCAAUCAUAAACGCCGGCUCAUUCGCAGGCCGUCUGCUGACGGGGGUCUUCGCUAACCGCAUCGGGAGGUUCAAUAGCUUGGUCCUCUCGUCGGCGAUUUGCGGGCUGCUGAUCCUGUGUUGGCUGGCAGUGGACUCGAAGGGCGCGAUGGUGGCGUUCGCGGUGCUCUUUGGGUUCUUUUCCGGCUCGGUGAUCGGGCUGUUUACGGCGACGUUGGCGUUGACAGCGCCGAGGCCGAAUGUUAUCGGCUCGUAUAUGGGCAUGGCGUUGGGGGUGCUUAGUUUGGCUAGUUUGACGGGUACGCCCAUUACCGGCGCGAUGAUCAAUGCAUAUGGGGGGUAUGAGGCGGCGAUUAUCUUUGCGGGCGUGAGUGUGUUGCUGGGUGCGGUGGUGGUGGGCGUUGCGAGGGUUUGUUUUGCUGGGGGGAAGUUGGUGGCGUAG